UGUGCUUCUUUUUUAAUUGUUGUUGCUGUAUAAUAUCCACCCACCAUGGCCUCUAACACCACACUCUUUACGGCUUUACCGACAGAAGAAGAACUUGUCAGCAAUGGCCAUUCCUCGGAGGAGAAAGACCCCGACCAAAUAUUAGACGGUCUAUUAACAAAAGUUGGGUAUGGUUUAUUCCAAAAAAAACUCUUGGUAAAAAUUAAAAAGGCCAUCACCAAACUCUUUUUGAUGUUUUAUAUGUUUAACACCCAUGUUAGAUUUUAUGUGGUUUUGGAUGGUUAGCAGAUAAUGUAAGAAAGAAAGAAAGUAAGAAAAAUGUUAAUUGUUAACACAUUAUUUAGAUGUGGCUUCAGACGAUUGCAAUUAUAUUGCCUCGUGUUCAAGAUCAUUAUGACGUGCCUGAUAGAUGGAUUGGUACACUUUCAAGUUCAUUAUUUGCCGGAAUGACUGUAGGUGCAUUCUUCUGGGGCUCAUAUUCUGACACAAAGGGCCGAAAACUGCCGUACACAAUGACUCUUGUAAUCACAUCUGUGUUUGGUUUACUCUCCAGUUUUACAUAUGAUUUUGCUAGCCUAUGUUUCACCUUGUUUUUCCUGGGAUUUGGUGUGGGAGGAAAUAUGCCGACAGACGGCGCCCUAUAUCUCGAAUUCUUACCGAAGGAAUAUCAUUACUUACUGACAUUUAUGUCUGUGUUUUUCUCAUUCGGCGCAGUAUUAGCAUCUAUAUUAGGAUACUUAAUUCUACCCGGCUGGAGUUGCCCCGAAGAUGAAUUAGACUGUGAUGUAAGCACACAAAAUAACGGCUGGAGAAUCAUGCUGUUCACCGUCGCUAUCAUCACCUUCAUCAUGUUGAUUUUAAGAUCUUUGUGGCUGAAAUUACCAGAGACACCAAAGUUUCUCAUGAGUCAAGAUAGAGCCAACGAAACAAUCAUUGUGUUGCAGGACAUUGCAAAGAUUAAUGGAGGUAAUAUACAUAUCAGUAGACACGAGUUACCGGCAAAGCAGUCUCCGAUAUUGCACCCCAGUGAUGGAGAGGAUGAUGUAAACGAAAUGAAUCAAAUGCUAGCUCCUGGACAAUCAAAUCCGGUAGAGCUAAGCAACCCCAAAAGUCAAGCGAAAACCAUUAAAAUACUGCUUGGUCCCAAAUGGAGAGUUACGACUCUCUUGAUUUGGGCUAUUUGGACAUUUACAGCUAUUGCGUAUACAAUGUUCAAUGUGUUUUUACCAAAGUUUCUUGAAACACUAGGUUUCGAAGGAGAGGCUGUACCAACACGUCAACAAGUUUAUUGGGAUUAUAUGAUUUACUCAUUAGCAGGCGUGCCAGGAUCUGUUAUUGCUUCCUAUUUAAUCGAAACUCGAUUGGGAAGAAAAGGAACGAUGGCAAUAUCAGCAUUUGGAUCUGCAGUGUCAUUGUUUAUAUUUUCAAUUAUCAGCUCACGCAUCACUAUGGUCUUAUCAUCAUCAUCCGUCUCAUUUUUAGCCACAUUAUUAUACGCUGUCAUUUACGGUUACACACCAGAGGUCUUUGAUACUAGUGUGAGAGGAACAGCAGUAGGAACGGCAUCGGGAUUAGGAAGAAUUGCUGGUAUUAUGAGCCCAAUCAUCACUGGUAUUUUGCUAACCAUCAACACAUCACUACCACUAUAUAUUAGCGUAAUUGGUUUUGCUAUAGUUGGUUUUUGUGUCAUGAUAUUACCCUUUGAGACAAGAAAAUAAAAUAAC